GGAGAUGUGCACUCAGUUAUUCCGUUGGUCUACGGAGCGUGUUAGCCUUGCUAGCCCGUGUGUCUGAUUCUGAUCUCAUUUUCUGUGCAGACCUGACACUGCAAGUUAAAGCUGGCGACUCGAAGCUUCACUAUUAACAUCAUAUUCCUGCUGCUGCUGCUUCUCUCAGUGUGACUGUGUCUCAUGGCCGCCCUCCUCAGACGUGGGCUUUUCGUGGCCUUGCAUCACGCCCUUGGGCAAGGCAGCCACUCAGUCUGCCACCCUGCACUGCCUGCUGCUCUUCUAGAUCUUGGUUGUAGCCCUGCUGUGAGGUGGUUUGGUUCUACUGGUGGGUGGAGCUCCUCUCUCCAGCAGCCAUGUCGGGCUUCAACCUGCUGCAUCUAAUAACCAAGAGCCAGCCUGUGGCUCUGAGGCCCUGCAGUCUUCCCUCAGGAGCAUGUAGGACGAAGAAGACAUGGCCGGUGAAGUUCCCUAAGGAGGAGCUGAAGAAGCGCCUCACUCCGGCUCAGUACCAUGUGACCCAGGAGAGAGGAACUGAGAGUGCCUUCACUGGAAGCUUCACUCAUAAUAAAGAUGAGGGGACCUACACCUGUGUUGUCUGCAGCACCGCGCUGUUCAGCUCCGACACAAAAUUUGACUCUGGAUCGGGUUGGCCGUCUUUCUUCGACCUCAUGAAGGAGGAGUCCGUCACUGUGACAGAUGAUUUCUCCUAUGGGAUACACAGAGUGGAGAUGACCUGCAGCCAGUGUGGAUCUCACCUGGGACACCUGUUUGACGAUGGACCAAAACCCACAGGAAAGAGAUACUGCAUUAACUCGGCCUCGUUGGGUUUCCAGUCCAAAGACGCGGCCUCCUCCACCUCCAGUUCCGCGGCCGAGGGUGGAGCAGCCAGCGGCUCCGCGAGCGACGGGAAGACGGAGCUCUGAGAGACACUGCUUUUGAUUCACUUAUAGGUGAUUAUGUUGUGUAAAUAAGGAAGGUGCUCAGGCCUCAGACACAGACCACAUAUAAUCCUUCACAAGCUUCCAAAGCAGACACAAUGUAUCAGCUGAUCGCCUUCAAGGGAACUUCCCUUCCACUAACACCCUUUAAUUUCCAAGGUAGUAGCAUUUGGUCUGCUUGUUUAAACAUGGAUGAAGUGCUGGGUAGUUGUAGAGCUUAUUUUGUAUUCUAAAAUAUUUUCUUAGAGUAUAUUUUUGAAGUGAUAUUUGAUACUGAGAGAUAGGUUUGAUGAAAUGCUGGGUUCUGUCAACAUUGACACAGGAGGGGACAGAGAACACUUUGACAGAUAAUAUCUUUUUGUGGACAAAUAAAGCACUGUGGCCUUCAGGUCACUUGCUGUUAUUGUCGUUUCAGUUCUUUGAAGUGGGAAAUAUUUCAGUUUGUGUUUACAGCUUGCAAUAAAACAGUUACUGGAUGAAUACAA